AUGAAGGGUGUUAUACGUUUUGGAAAGAAAGGGAAGUUAAGCCCGAGAUAUAUUGGUCUAUUUGAGAUUUUGGAUAGAGUAGGGAAGGGUGAUUAUCAUUUGGCACUGCCCCCAGUAUUAGCUAAAACGCAUAACUUCUUUCACAUCUCGAUGUUGCGUAAGUAUGUGUCAGAACCCUCUCAUGUUUUGACUUACAAGCUGUUACAGCUAAAGCAGUACCUGAGUUAUGAUGAACAGCCUGAGCGCAUUAUUGAAAAAGGAAUCAAGGAAUUAAGAUCCCAAAGGAUUCCACUAGUUAAGGUCCUGUGGAGGAGUAGUACGGAAUGA